GGCAGAAGACUGUUGGUUUACAUCACGACUUUGAACUAACCCGAUGGUAGAAUGAAACAAGCAGCUCCAAUCCGAGACCUUGGAAAUCAACUACUGAUCGAAACGAUCGCACUCGGAACUACAAAUUUCUCAAUAAACGCGAGAGAUGAGAGACACAUAACUCUCGACGAAUCAGACAGCCUUCGAACAGAUCGACCAGGACUUGAGCGAUAUCAACUAAAUCAAAAUGCAGCCAUCGGAGGUCACUCGUAUGACUUCGCCGAGCUGUAUGUUGAGCAUCGCGAGUGGCAAGAACAAGUGAAGAAAAUCAACCAACAACUGAAUGAGUGCAUUUUGCAUGCUACAAAUCUGCGCGAUGAUCCAAAGCUUAUGAACGAGACAUAUGCUUUGAUAAAGCUAGUCGAAUCUCUUAUAUGCGACCGAGAUGAGCGAGGGAUAAAAUUCGAAAUUGCUUUACAUGCUAGAGAGUUGGCAGAUGCGGAAGAUGCUGAAUUACGGAGAGAAGAGAAUGAUACUCCGGUUAUUUCAGAGGAAGAGGAGCCAAGAACAAAGAUAACCACCGCAGAUAUGAUUGAGUGGUUUGAAGCAAUCUCUGAACUUUGGGAGGAGGAUGUACGGACGGUUGCGAGUAUCCAUGCCGCAUAUCGUGCUGUUCGAAAUGGAGAAUUCAAUAACAUUCGAGAAGCGUUGGAGGAUGCAGUUAGUUUUUAAUAUUGGCUCUGAUCAUGGUCGUGGUGUCUUCAGACUCUAAACCAGACAACAAUCAAGAGGCUAGACAGGUCUGUAGAUUGAACGUUGUUCUCAAAACACUUGUUGGCACCUUGUCCUUCUCUCCAAAGCCCAAGCACGAAGAAAGGUCAUCAUAAUCGUUAUUUA